CCUUUAUGAUCCCGGGAUCUCCCACUUCCCUCAGCAGACAUCAGCCAGCGACACAGGCGAACACAACUCUCUGCUUCACUCUCAGACACACACGAGCAGUCUAUGCCUGCAGCUGCAACACAAACCAGAGAGAGAGACCACCGAGUGAUCGCAACAACAACACCGGGAACUCAGACUUUUCUGAUCCCGCUGAUCUGCGUCGACUUACGCACAGGACGGAUCUAAACAGGAGACGACCGCUGCAGCCUGCGCGUAAAACACGGAUCUACAGCUGCAGUAAAUAGCUGAUUAAGGAAGCCUUUUUGACGACUUUGCUCCUUUGCUUGUGACCCUCCUCUACCGUGCCACAAUGUCCGAGGUGCUGCCAUACAACGAGGGGAAGAUGAGCGGCUACGGCGCGGACAGCGAGGUCAGUCAGAUGUCCUUUAGCUGCGGACUGCAGGACACAAGCGCCUUUUUCGCCGCGUCGCAGGCGAAAAGACCCCCAAAGCUUGGACAGAUCGGCAGAGCCAAGCGAGUGGUGAUCGAGGAUGACCGAAUAGACGAGGUCCUGAAGGGGAUGACAGACAAGUCUUCACCUGGCGUUUAAACAUGAACGAUGCCUUGCAGACUUUUUUAAUUUUGAUCACCGAUUUGAAGCACUUGUCGGCUGUGCAUGUUCGAGGAUGCGGGAGAAAAAAAAACGACGGCACGAAGCGAGGAUGGCUUGACGCAAAGGGGAGGAAAAAAGGGCAAAGGAUGAAGGAAAAUGGAGAAGGCUGAAAGAAGAGAAGAAAGAUGAUGAAGUAAGAGAGAGCGAGAGAGAGAGAGACUCUGGAAAAAAGACCAAGAUUUAUCAUGGGAUUGCUGGCAAUUCUCCAAACGAAUCCCGAUUUUAAACUCCUGCUGCGCAGCACGAUGUUGAGAUGGCGGACCCAGCUCUGUAUCUCAACCUCUGCUGACUUUAAAGAUGGAUGAACUUGUCAUUACUUCACGGCCAUCUCCUUUUUUUUCCUUUCCAAACUCGCUGUAAGCAACUAAAUACUGCAACUGGAGGCAGAAGCUUAAAAAUCCCAGUCCUAUUUCAAUAAGUUGUACAGUAGGUAGGCUAAGCUCAGAGACACUCUCUUCCUCCCUGCUCCUUUAGGCUUUGCUUUGUUGAAUCAGUCAGCGACUGUGCAUUCAAGGGAGCUGUCCUUUCAGCACUGGUCCAAUGCAUUCCUGUUGCUGCUAACGCUUUUCAAAAAAACAGACCAAUCAAACUCUCCAGUCUGCUAAAUAGAGGAGAUCUAUUGUAUGUAAAAACAUAUAUCCGAGGAUGGUGCAAUGUUAAUAUUUCUGUAGUAGAGCCCUAUUUGUUCCUGGCCCUUUAAAGAGCAUUAGGCCACACUUUCAAACUGAACCACACAGGCUACAAUCUUCUCCUUCAGUCACCCAUCAGUGGUGUAAGGUGCACCAUGGCACCGCCAUGUAGCUGAUUACACGGCACAUAUCUUUACUUUACUCUUUUUUUUGCAUUCUCAAAUGCUCAGAUAUCUACAGAGGCCAGCAGAGACAUGGAGAUUAUAGUAAAUGUUUAAAAUAUUAGUCAUGAAAUUGAUGGGAAAAAAGAUAAUUAGUUUAUUUUUAUUUAGCUCUUAUUCGUGUUUCGUCCUCUAUGAGUUUUUUCUCCAUCUAUUUGCAUGAACUUUCACUCCGGUGCCAACGCAGGUGCCACUACUCUUACCCUGGCACGCUUCUUUUUAACAAAAAGUCAUAUUUGUAUUUUUAUAUCUAAAUAUUUGUUAUUUAAAUGAUAUGCUAGUCUAUCGUCUUACAAUUCAUCAACAAAAAUAUUUCUACUUCAGAGCGGAUAUUCAGAAUGAGACUGGGCUUCGUGGAGGCAGAUCUGAGGUUUUUGGUGGGCUGGUCUCAUUCUAUAUCAGAGGUGGAGUUUUUUAAAGACUUACUGAAUGUGUCUGGGGUUUUUGCACACAUCAAUGUUAAACUAUUAUUAAGAAAUCGUAUACUGUGACUUGAGCUUCGUUGAUGAAUUUGUUAGAAAAUGGCAGUUUUAGAGUAUAUUGCACUGUUUACGAGUAUCCUCAAAUAACACGUUGUUAUUUGACCGAUUUUGGACAUUACAGUUCUUUUUUGUUUGUUUGUUUUGUUUGUUUUGUUUUGUUUUUUAUUUAGUUUAUUUUGUACCAUUAUUUUAAAGAAACUGGAUAUGGUUUGUUGUGCAUGAAAACUUAAUAUUUUCAAUAAUGAAACAUUGUUUUAUGAAGCAAAAAAGCAACAAAAAUGUCAUGACAUUCUAAGAAUGAGUCAUUGUAUAUUAUGAUGCCAUUUUCACUGUAUUUGGUGAAUUAAUAAAU